AUUUAGUUUUUAGACAUUUGACAAAAAAGAUGGCAGCGAUUGCCGAUUGCUGUCCUUCGGGUUUAUUGCGAAAAUGGCGCAUUAUGUGAUAUUUUCACAUAAAAAUAUAAUUUUAAGUGAAAAUUUGUGCAGUGCUACAUUGUGAUGGUGUGUUAUUUUUCAUGAAUGACAGUGUACUCGUGUGUAAAUAGGACUGCGACUUUCUUCUGGAUAUUGGAUUACACAUAAAAUAAAGUCACGAUGGUUGUGGGCGAGAGUAAGCGCACCGCCAACAUCAUGGACGGCAUUGAGAACACCGGUGACGUGCGCAUGCACGACCACCGGCUGCGCCUCAAACAAAGAUUCGAUAUAGUAAGAAAACUAGGUCAAGGUACGUACGGAAAGGUGCAGUUAGGUAUCAACAAGAAGACAGGCCAAGAGGUGGCCAUCAAGACUAUAAAGAAAUGCAAGAUCGAAUCGGAAGCGGAUCUCAUACGUAUUCGACGAGAAGUCCAGAUUAUGUCUUCUGUUAGACAUCCAAACAUUGUACAUAUUUAUGAAGUAUUUGAAAACAGUGAAAAGAUGAUUCUAGUUAUGGAGUAUUGCUCAGGCGGAGAAUUGUACGAUUAUCUUAGUCAGAAAAAAGUAUUACAAGAGGACGAAGCCAGACGGUUAUUUCGACAGAUAGCCACCGCUGUGUAUUAUUGCCAUAUACAUAAAAUCUGCCAUAGAGAUUUAAAAUUGGAAAAUGUUUUAUUAGAUGAUACUGGUAGUGCUAAGAUUGCCGACUUCGGUCUUUCAAACGUGUUUAAGGAGACAUCUCUUUUGUCCACGUUUUGCGGUUCACCUUUAUACGCCUCUCCAGAAAUUGUCAAAGGGACACCUUAUAUAGGGCCGGAGGUGGAUUGCUGGUCGUUGGGCGUGCUUCUAUAUACUCUAGUCUACGGGGCUAUGCCUUUUGACGGCUCCAACUUCAAACGUCUAGUCCGACAGAUCAGUAAUGGAGAUUAUUAUGAACCUAGAAACCCAUCGAGUGCUUCACCCCUGAUCCGAGACAUGCUGACAGUGGAUCCCCUCAAACGUGCCGACAUCGCGUACAUCUGCGAUAAUCCCUGGGUGAACACGGGCUGCGACACGUCGUGCCUGGAGGAGGCGCAGGCGCUGGCGGCGCAGACGCCGGUGCGCCUGGACCUGCUGCUGUCGCUGGCGCCCGCCGCGCACAACAACUCCAACUCCGUCAUGGUGCCCUCCGAGGCUGAACUAGGUCCAGAGGAAAGCGGAACUGACCUUACAAGCUCCGCAUCGAUGGCUCACAUUGAGCCCAGUAACUCUGCUGAAAAGAGAAUCUUGGAGCUAGUCGCAGAGGGUGGCGAAGACGCUAUCAAACCGUCGCCUACUCGCACAAUUGUGUCGGCGACAGACAACAAGCGUAAGCUAGAGCUCGCUAUGUCGGCCAGCGGCCUGCAGAGGAAGAAGGAGCGUGCGGCCAGUUGUGCAAGCAUUGUGCCACAAGCACCGGUGUUGCCUGAAGAGGGUUCGCCAGAGAUAUUACCGAGCGAGGAACUGCCUAUUGAUUCAGAUGCGGCGAUCCAGCCUAACCUGAAGUCCUCCGCCACCAUCACGAUCCAGCCGGCGGCGGCCGAGCUGGCGCGGGACCUGACGCAGGACAUCGUGAGGGAACCCGUCAGCAAGGCGCACUCGCCGCCACACACUCCCGCGCCAGAGGACAAACCUGCGCCCAAGGAGGAACCCAAGCCGCAGGAAGAACCAAAGCAGAGUGCCGUAGCUUCAGCUGCAGAUAAGCUGACGUCACUGUCCAUCGCACAACAGACUCCCACACAAACACCGGCCAAGCCCAAGAAAUUGUCCAUACCAGGUGGCAAUGUCGGAAACUUCAAAGAUCAGUUCGAAAGGAGAGCAUCACUUACCUCGCCGCCUACUGAUAUCAAGCGCAAUAUAUCAAAACCAGUUGUCUCAAAGAUCGCGAAGCCCAAAGCACAGAGCGAGGACCGUGACUUAGCUUCGAAGACACCUGACAAUGGAACUGUCAGACUGCAACAGAUUGGCAUUGAACCCUCACAGAGUUCUCCCGAGUCGGACCGUGAGUCUAACCUCCGCGGCGGCGUCAAGAAGACUGAGAGCGAGCCAUCACACAGCUCCACUUCUGUAGACCCCGCUGUCUUGUUGCAGGACGCUAGGAGGUCAGUUAACAAAGGGAGUCUACAGAACUCCAUGGCGAAGUUGGUCGAGGAGAAAGCCGGGGAGGAGAGUCGCCGCCGCGCCGCGCGCGACAUCAUCUCAUCAGCUAUACGUACCGGCAAGCCGCCCAUGCCGUACGGGCGCUCGUCGUCGGCGGGCGUGGCCGCGCUGGCCGCCAGCUCGCCGCCCGCCGCGCCCGCCGCGCCCGCCGCGCCCGCGCCGCGCCUGUUCCGCACUGAGGCGCAGCAUCGCGUGGAGGACCACCGGAACAGGGGCGUGUCCGUGGAGCGUAUCAUCCCCAUCACAGUGGCGGCGGAGGAGGCCGCCGCGCCCGCCAAGCCCGCGCCCGCGCCUGCAGCUGCGCCGCAGCCCGCACAGCCGCCGCAACCCGCUACACGGGUCACUCCGCUGAGGCGGCUGACAUCUACGGAGUCCGGCAGCGCGAGCGAGGCGUGCAGCAGCCCGGGCGAGCCCAUCAAGAAGUCCGCGCGAGAGUUCAUCAUCCCCAUCGCCGUGGAGGGCAAGGGCUACGUCACGCCGCGCCAGCGCAGCCUCGAACCCGAGACCUCGCACGCGACCACCGCCAGGCAUCACCGCGCUACCAAGCCGCGUCGGAUCAGCAGCCUAGUGAGCGGCGGCGAGUCCGAGGAGGAGGAAGACAGCCACAUGCACCGGCUGCGGCCGUCCCGCGCCGCGCGCGCCGAGUCCGUGAGCUCCGGCGAGGACGACGAGGAGGACGAGGGCUUCCAUCUGCUCACCGCCGAGAACCUGUUCUCCACGCUGCUGCACAGGGUUCGUGCACUAACAAACCGCCUGAACGGUGAGGAGGGUCCCGGCUUCAGUCAACACUCGCUGUUUAACAACCUACAGUCACCAUUCUUCAACAGCCCUCACUUACCAAGGAGAAAUCUGUUACGCGAGGGCUGGGGCUCGCGCGACAUGCACGCGGACUUCGACUCGAUGUUCAAGACGCGCCCGCACAUGCCGCGAGGUAGUAGUAAGAAAACCGGUAAGCACCGUACCGGCCAACAAAACUCGGAACCGAACGUCGAAAGCGGACUAGACCUCUCGGACUUGGACUUGAGCUCGAUAGAGUUUUCUGAACGCGAGAUGCGCGCGCUGUCGGGGCUGACGCCGGCGCUGUCGCGGCGCCUGCAGCGCCAGCUGCUCGCGCACCUGCCGCCCGCCGCCGCGCGCUCGCUGCGCCGCACGCUGUCGCUGCACGCCGCGCCCGCCGCGCCCGCCGCCGCGCCCGCGCGCGCGCACUCGGCCGGGCCCGAGCCCGAGCCGCCCGCCGCCCCCGACCCCGCGCCAGACGCCGCCGCGCCGCAGUGCUCCACGCUGCCGCGGCCUCGGCGCCGCUCGUCAUCGCGCGAGGUCACUCCGACCCUGGCCGCCGUGGACGUGGAGUGCUCCUCGCCUAAUUCACUCGUGCGAGAGCCGCUCGCCACGCGGCCGCGCGAUCGUCCGUUACUGAGCAAAUACUUGACUCCGGAGCGGGCGCUCUCGUUAGAUGAAUCCUACGGCUCGGACUGCGGCAGCGGCAGCGGCUCGACUGAGCCGGCGAGUGGCACGUCUGUCGCGGGGCUGCGGCGACACUCGCUGAGAACGCCCAGCACGACAGAACAGCCGCGUCGGCGUGUUUCAAGAUUUCUUCGUUCAGACUUUUUUGAUGCACCACCCGACGAAAAUCUCUAUGAGCGUCAAAGAAAAGAAAGAGAAUUGGAAACUCAAAAAAUCUUACGAGAGAUCAGAGAAAAGAGGAACAAAUCGCUUGACACGUCUACCGUCAGAAGUCCGACGGAAGUGACAGAUGCACCACCGGCCUUUAGGGAUGAUAGUACCGGACCUAAGAAAAGUCUUUCACCAAUUGGACUACUCGCUAACAAGGAACGCAGUAGAUCUAACACACCGUUUUUCCCGAUCUUGGAUAACAUCAAAGAGAGCGCAGUGGACUCGUCCAUGUCGAGUUUAAAUUCCAAGCGCUACGCUAAUUUAGAGAAUAUCCGACAAAAAUGUACUUUUGAUGACAAUUCCUCCAGUAAAGACUCCAAAUUAGUCCGACCCAAGAGUUACCCUGCUAAGACAUUAGAAUCUAUAGACGAACCAAAUGACAAUUCAUUAUCUGAAAACUCAUAUAGCAGAGAGUUUGAUAGUAAGGAAAGAUCUUUACCGAGGGAGUCAAAAUUAAUAAGGCCAAAAAGUUACCCUGCGAGCAGUCCGUCUCCAGAGAAAGUUUAUAUUAGUCGUAAUGUUAAAGUAGAUGAUUCAAAAGAAUCGAUUGCAAAGGAGGAGCUCAGUAAGCCCGAAAUCAAAUCGGAUGUAGAAGUAAGUUUCAGUAUUACUUUGCCUAAAAAGAAGCCAGAGCCAAAAGUAGCCAAGUCUGACUCAGUCAAAAAUAAUUCAACAUUGGAACAAAGUGCCGAAACUAAAAUAGAAGUAGAUAAAAAAUCAAACGACACUAGUUUGUCUUUGAAAAAAUAUCAAGUCAUUAAAAACAACGAAAAAGAAAAGUCUGAAAUGACGGAAACGAAAACAGAAAAAAGUACAGCCAUUGCUAAUGGUGGCCCGAAUAGUUCCGUUGUGAAAGUGACGUCUAAUGGAGAUACUAAACACAAAACUUCGGAACAGCCGACGACGAAAGAAGAAGUGGCUUCAAAAACUGAGACAGACCAAGUUGAAAAGAAGGCUACGGUGAAAAAGAAGAUAAUUAGAAAAGUUUCUUCAAAAUCUAAGGCUGAUUUAACAAAUAAUCAAGAAACUAGUGAUGGUAAAACCUCAGAAAAGAAAAAAGUCACAAAGAAGGUAAAAGAAAAAGCUGCUGAUGAAGAUGGAACAAAACCAGCAACUGUCACAAAAAAGAAAUCUGUUUUGCAAUCUAUAGGUCAUAAGUUAGAAAAGUUCGCUUCGACGAAAUCAAGCUCUCCAGAAAAGGGAGCUGAAACUAGUAUAAGGAAUGACACGAAAAAAGAUAGUUCUAAGUUAAGCAGACUCCAGCGUGAGCAAUCAGUGCCUGUUAAUGUAGCGCCUACAACCGAAUCGAAUCUCAUUAAACGGGCCGUCACCUUGACAGAUGUAGCUGCUCUAGAGACUCAGAACGCACCACAGAGUAAAACCACAGUAUCCAAAGUAUUAGGACUCUUUAAAAAGUUUGAACCUAAAGAGAGAACUAAACCUAUAAUCGAAAAAGCACAACCCGAUAAUGUAGAACAGCCGAUAGAGUCUACUCAUAAAACUGAAUGUAGUCCUGAACCUGUUGACGAUAGCCUCGACAAUGAUAAGCCCCGCAGACCAACAUCGUUGCUUUUAAACGGUCUCGGUCGUAAGAGCAAGUACGGCAGGACUUCUAGCGACAGCGUUUCUGCUGUAUCUAUAGAUAACGAUGAUCUGCCUGCGUCUAAGAAGGAAAACGAAAUAAAAAACAUACGAAACAGUUUGAAAUUAGAUUUCUCUAGAUUGCCAAGAGUUAAGAAAAUAGUUCCUACUAAUCCUGUGAUAGAACCUCAAAUUAUAAAUAUUUCCUCUGUUGACAGUGAGACUGAAAAAAAAGAUAUUCCAGAAAAAAAUACCGCACUUCUUGAUAGUAAUAUAAAUGUAGAUAUUGCUGAUACACACAGCCGUAGUCGUUCUAGAAGUAGGUCAACUAUUUCAAACUCCGAAUUAAAGUCUGAUAUCAGCGCUGAUAAGAUUUCAGAUAGAAAUCCUUUAUCACCUUCGGAAAACACAACCCUACACUUGCGGAGUCAUGAUUCUACCACGCCUGAAAAAGAAGACAUUGUCGAUAGAAUUAGAAGAAAAAGCUUUUAUUCUAGAUUCAACGAAAAGAAACAACGACGAAAGAGUAGUUUAGUGGGCCCCGGAGCAGCCGAAUACGACCCGGUCGCUAGAAUACACUCUCAAACGAGUGACACCAAGUACGAUGCAUCGCCAUCGACGUCGCCCCUGGCAUACGACCUGUCACCACUGUCGCCGGGGCUCUCUGUCUCGUCCGACCUAUCGCCGUCCACGGAACGCUAUAGAUCUCUUUUAACUGAUCUGCCUGUAAACACUAGGAGUAACUUAAGGUUUGAUAAUUAUGGACUGAAUGAUAAAAUUGAUACUUAUAGAUCUCUCGAUCGAAACGAAUUCAAAAAGUAUCCGGGAAAUAGAAGUUACUUAGAUUACGAACAACCGUCCUCCUAUAGUACGAACAGAUACUCAAGAACGAAAUCCUUGUUAGACAGUUCCGAUGGGACUGAAGAUAAUGGUCUAAGUUCGUUGAGAGAUCCGCUCAAAUACAAUAGAACUAUAUCCAUGUACUCUCCUGGUAGCUAUGCUACUUACAGACCGAAAAGAACUACUCGCAAUUCCGCGAUUAUAUUAAAAGAGAGUGAAAAGGAACCUAGUCCUGAAAAUAUAUUGGAAAAAAUAAGGCAAAGGAAAAAGAUAUCGAUCAGCGUAACCAGGAAACCGGAUGCCGAGAAGGAACCACUGCCAAGAUCCAAUAUCUCACCGAAAGGCGAACGCGAAGGCGACAGUGCAGAAUGCUCUGAGAAAGUUGACUGAAAGGAAUUAUUGAUUGCGCAGGAUAUAUUUGAUUUUGUGAUUUAUAUAAGCAUUUUUAAACAAUUAACUUUUGCGAACUUAUUGCGAUGACACUGUAGUUGUAGUUUUGACGGAACUCGAUGCUUUCAUUGUUUUUGUUAUAACUUAUCCGUGUUAACUAUCUUUUGAGUCUGUUUAUUAGAGUUGGUCAGACCGAGGCUGUAUCAAUUAUCUUGCCAAACGUAGUCUAUAAUAUCACAUGUUUUAGAUUCAUGUAAAAUGAAAGAAUCUCAUCUCUUACGCAAGUUGAAGACUGUCUUUAGUGGCAAAUUUAACUUUUAGUGGCAUAGUUGUAUUGCAAACAGUCACUGGAUUAGAAAUCACGAAUAGUCAUUAAUACUAGCAUUAAAGGUAACUAGAACAUUUCCGAACAGUAGACUCGGAACAAGAACAAUAUUACAAAUUAUAGGGUGUAGCUAGUGGCUCACAUGUUAAUUGAUUAACGACAGAUAAUAAUAAAUUGUUAUGUAUAAACUUUGUUGGCUUUCUCAUAAGUGCGGUAACAAUUGCAGUAUAUUUUGAUAACCGUUAUCUAUGCUGAAUACAUUUACUUAAUUAAAGAUAUAUGAUUGACUACUGAAGUAAAAUAAUAUAUUUUGCAAAGAGUGAACUUUGUGUUAAGUGUUUAUUGUAAAUUGAUUCUUAUGUGCCUUUAUAUAAAACAUAAGUGACUGGAUUUUAUAGUCCAUUUUAUUGAACGAUAUAAAAUGACACAAUUUUAGUGUGUGUUUGCACAAAUACGUUUUACUCAACAUUAUUAACUAUAAUUUUUCUUAGUUACUAUGAAUUUACAUUUUUUAUGUGACCAUAAGUCAAUAUUAAGUUAUAAUAUUUAUCAUAAUCAUUAUAGUAUUGAAUGCUAAGUCACGACGUAACAGUAAUCGAAUAGAAUGGUGCUUAGACGAUUUCAUUAGGGAUAACUAUUUAUAGACCGGACAUUGUUAUGGAACCACACAAAACGUGUAUAUUUUUAGCAAUAGCGUUUUCAGUUUGAUUGUAUCGUAAGCUGCUGCUGGUGUUUUGUUUCAUGCAACUUGUAUUGUAUACGACGUUGUUAUGUAGCGUUACUUGUUUGUCAAUAUUGUUUUGCCUUAUAAGUCAGGGAGCGGCUAGUUCGAUUACAGUGGUGUUUUAAAAGCAAUAAUUAUUACGCAAAUCCGUUCAUCUAUGUAAUUUCGAGUCUAUUUAUUAAUUUUUAUUAGAAUUGCAAAUUAUUUAUUGGUGUGUUGUGAUUUGUAAUAUUUCUCUUUUAGUCACAGCGCGGUGACAUGGAGCUGUGAUUGUCACGAUUAAUAUUAAAGUUACUAUCACAUACGUUUUGUAUUGAAUGUGAAUAAAUUAUAUAGUUGGAAAAA